UCACCCCUUGCUCCAUGUAAAAAAGAUGGCGUCCAACGUUCCUGUUGUUGCGGUACGAGGGUCGACAGGAGUGUCCAUAAACCUAGGCCCGCCCAACUAUGAUCUGGUCACGGCGUUCGCCCGCGAAGACAGCAAGAAUUGCAAUGCGAUGGCUUUUGACCCUCAAGGAAAAUAUUUCGCCUGGCUGAAUGGUGUCUCGAUCAAGAUAGCUUCCGUGUCGACCUGGCGGGUUGUGGCAGACAUCGCGCGGCCGAAGGUCUCCUGCCUUCAGUUCUCGCCGCUAGGAACAUACCUGAUGACCUGGGAGCAGCCUUUUGUGACGACGGCCAGUCCCACGCCCGGCCCAAACCUGCACAUCUACAAGGCGGAGAGCGGGGAGCUCGUCAAAGAUUUCAUCCACAAGCGACAGAUUGGCUGGGAGCCGCAGUGGAGCUCGGACGAGAAGGUGUGCGCGCGGCUGGUGAACAGCGACGUGCUGCUGUACGAGAACGGCGACUUGGAGGCGCCCGCGCACCGCAUCCAGAACCAGAGGGUGGCCAACUACAGCCUGUCGCCGGGCGGCGCCCCCUACCACGUGCUGUGCUACGUGCCAGGCAAGUCAGGACAGCCAUCGUUUGGCAAACUGUUCCAGUAUCCGAAGUUUGAAGCUGGAGCGUUUAUUGCCAGCAAGAGCUUUUUCCAGGCGGACAAGGUGGACAUGUUCUGGAACCGUGUGGGCUCGGCCGUGCUCCUGCUCACCAGCACGGACGUGGACAAGUCCGGCUCCUCCUACUACGGCAAGCAGUCGCUGCACGCCCUGGCGUGCCGCGGCGAGACCGCCAUGGUGUUGCUGGGUAAGGAGGGGCCCAUCUACUGUGUCGCCUGGAGUCCCAAGAGCACGGAGUUCUGCGUUGUGUACGGCUUCAGCCCUGCCAAGGCCACGCUCUUCAACUUGAAGUGCGAGCCCGUGUUCGAAUUUGGCACGGGUCCGCGCAACGCCAUCCACUACAACCCACACGGGAACAUCCUGCUGCUCGGGGGCUUCGGGAACAUCCGCGGCAACGUGGAGCUGUGGGACAUGCCCAACAAGAAGCUGAUCGCCAAGAUGGACGCCCCCGACACGACGCUGCUGCACUGGUCGCCCGACGGCGAGCACUUCAUGACGGCCACCACCUGGCCGCGGCUCCGCGUCGGCAACGGGUUCAAGAUCUGGCACUACACGGGCACGCUGCUGUACGAGCGGCCCUGGAACCAGCAGGAGCAGCUGUGGGAGGUGCUGUGGCAGACCUACCCCGCGGGCGUCUUCAAGGAGCACGCCGUCAGCUACCGGCCCGUCGAGGGCAUCCAGCCCAGCCAGCCCCAAGCGUCGAAGCAGGCGUACCGGCCGCCGUGCGCGCGCGGCAAGGAGAGCAACUUCAAGCUGCACGAUGAUGACGAGCUGCCCAGCAACGCCAAGCCCAACAGCGACGGCAACCCGUCGAAGGCGGCGCUGAAGCUGAAGAAGAAGCGGGAGGCGAAGAAGGCGAAGAAGGAGCAGGAGGGCUCCGCGCCGAGCGGGGUGGCGGUCACGAACGGGGAUGCCAUGACCGCCGUCACCACCGUGAAGCUGCCCCCCGUCGUCGCGGAGGCGGAGCUCACGGACGACCCGGAGAAGAACAAGAAGAUCAAGAAGAUCAGGAGCAAGCUGAUGGAGAUCUCACGCCUGAAGGAGCAGCGCGCGGCCGGCCGCCAGCUGGAGCUCAACCAGCUCGACAAGAUCAAGAAGGAGGACGAGCUGCUGAAGGAGCUGCAGGGGCUGGUGUUGUGAUGGGGCCCGCGCCCCGCCGGGGCCUCCCCCCCUCCCGGCGCCGGGCACCCCCCUUGCUGCUGAGCCCCCCCCCCCCCCCCACCACCACCACCACCACCACCGACGGACCAACAUCCACCUUUCUGUUUCCGUGAGUGACGACGACCUUCGCCUCCUCCGUCGGGCGAUGUGUCCCCCCUUCCUACUUGCAGUUUCCAGGUGAUCGGUCGGGGGAAAAAAAAAAUAUUUCUUCUUUUCUUACCUUUGGAAAAUUUUUAUGAAGACUGAGUAGUUGCAAAAAAAAUUGCAGGGUGCUAAACCAAUCGGCUACGAUUGCAACUAGCCGGUGGCAGUCUCAAACGCAGCGGGUUCGUCUGAAGGGGGGUUCGUGCUCAUGAACCAGAUUGAUAUGUACUUGUAUACUUGCACGGGGGAGGGCCGAGCGUCCCCAUGAUACCUAAGAAUACGUCACAACAGUUGUGUCAGUUUUUCCGCUUGCGACGCUGGAACUCGACGGAGCGAUGCGUCGCGUGGUUGCGGAGGUGGGCGGCAGGAGAGCCGCGAACGCUACGACCGUGUGUCUGCAUUCUGUACCUCGGGCUGCGCAGCGGGAAGAUGGCACCUACCGGCCUCGCUCGGAGAACGUCUCGUCUGACGUGUGUGGACGACUUAUUUGAAUUUUUUUUGUCAAGUUUGAGAGCUGCCGGUUGGGUUCAGCUUCUCAUACUUUAGCAUGUGUGGUAUUCCCGUCGCUGAAAGCUGCGUCGACAGCUACAGUGCAGUUAAUACUUCAUCGCAAUUGGUUUAUGUCUAAAAUUCAGGAAAAAUAAUUACGUACUGCUCAAAAAAUAUAUAUAUAUUUUAAAUGUUGCAAAUUGAUAUAGCCAGUAUAUUAUUCUCUUGCAUUUUCGUUAACCAGUUUUUGCCACCCAUUCCUCUAUUGGUAAAAAUUAAUCCAGCAUUGUGUUUCAUUGAAGCUAACUAGACACUUUAAAUAAGUUUUAGGGAUCUGCGAAUAUGUGAAAAAAAAUAUUCAAUAUUCGUGAAUAAUUUUAUAUUCCAUUCAAUGUUUCAAAUUUAAUAUUUUGUUUACAAUUAUUUGUUAGUUAUUAAAAAAAAAGUAAGGCUUAAGAUGUGAGAAAUUUAGAUUUGUUCCCUGCAACAUUAUUCACACUUUUUUUUUAAUAUUUAAUAAAUAAUCCAUAAUUGUAAUUUGAAAUUAAUGAUAAUAAUUAUAUUUUAUGUAUGUAACCAGAUCAUCAAAACAACAUCAAAACUUAAAACUUACUGGUUUAACAAAAUGCAUUGCCAAAUUUUUUUUAAAUUUAUUUUAUUUUACACCUUUUUGCUAUGGUUUCAUGUGUAUUCCUUUAUUUUUUAUUUGGCUGUAUUUUGGAUCAAUUUUACUUGGACUCCUGUGAAAUGUGGAGCAAAAAAUUUCACUGUAAGUUAAAAAUUGUAUUAGAAAAAUAUUUGAUAUUCGUUAAUAUUGUGAUAUUUCAUUCUAAAUUCGAUUCAAAUGAGAAAAACUGUAUUCGCAGAAGCCUAAUAAGUUUACUUACAUUCAGUCAUUUUCAGUGUUUAUGAGUAUUAAUGUUAUUUUCCAUUUUACCUGGCAAAAGGGUUUUUGCUUUGUCCAAGCCUAAGACAAGUGAUUGAGUAAAAAUGUGAGUGAGCUGAGUGCUACUUUAUAUCACACAUAUGUGUAAGCAUUAAAUGGAAGUCCUACGCUUCUAUUUUCAAGAACUAUGGUGGUUAUUUUCAUUAUAAAAUUCAUUUUUAUUUCUCAGCUAGCAGUGUUGGUGCACUAAUCCAGUGGAAAAACUUCACCCGAGCUUUCCUCUCUCUCUCUUCAUAGAACAUGAGAUAAUAACUAGGUAUUUGUCAGGAAAAUAGCUGUGGUGUGCGAACGUCUGGGAUUGCAAGACAAUACGGAGAAAGAACAGUUGUUGCCUUCGCGAGUAAACUAAGUUAGGAAGUCAAGUGAACACCAUGCACAUUCACUUGGAAUGGACUAGGCGUUAAAGUGCUGAAAAGCACGGAGUUUCGUGGGAUUAGGAAUUGAACGUGUGUGCCAUAUAUACAUAUAUAUCUCUGUGCUAUCGGGACUUUGUUAGUUGUAGGUGUAUUUAACUUUUUUUUUUCUUUUGACGGACAAACGGAAAUGUUUCAUAAGUUUUAAUUUGAAGUAAUUUUUUCCCUAGUGCUUUUAAACACUUCGAUGUCAUAUUGUAUGAGCUUGCUUAACAAUGAUUCCUCUGUUUUUAUGCAUGGCUUAAAGAGAGAAAUACACUGGCCUCAUUUUGUAUUGGACGUAGGUUAGGUUUGAAGCUUGUGUAAACUGUAUAUUUGUUGGCAAAAAGGUUGUUAAGUUAUUAUUUGCAGUGCAUAAUUUGAUGUUUAAAUAACUAGUAUGUCUUCUUUUUUUAAAAAAAAAAAAAUACAAACAAGGAUUGUCUCAAGAAUUGUUACAUUAAAAAGUUGAAUAUUUGUGUGCAGUUAUAAAAUGUCAUGGUUUUGAGGGUUUGUUUUAUGAUACAAUGCAACAAUCGUAAAGAAUUCCCAUUUUCAAAGUUUUCCUUAACUAUAUUUUGUGAUACUGCUUGAGGUCUGAAAUACACAGUAAUUUCAUGUUUUAAAAAACAAAACCAUUGUGGUUCACAACUAUGAAGUUGUGUCACUUCAGGAUAGUCAUGUUUGUGAGCCUCUGCAACGCAGGUAAAAUCCCAUUCAGAAAGGUGAAGUACGAAGGUGACCUGCCAAGUAGAUGAGCUAAUCAAAUUUAUUUAUUUAAACAUUGAGGGAGAAAUGUGUUUAUAUUUAUUUGGCAAUUUCCUUAUAAAUGUUGAAUUUGUUACGUAAUAAUACCUACAACUACAUAUGUAGUGAACCAUCUGGAGUUCGUUCAUGAACGUAACAGAAGAGUUUUAAAUUCAGAACACCAGAGAAUGUUCGCUAAUCAGGUUGGUAAAUUUGUUACGCUUCAAAAUUAUAUUAUAGUGGAACCCUUGCUUUACAUUUUUCAAGACAGAUAGAGAAAAAAUGGUGUAAAUAAGUAGAAACACUUAAGCAGAGGCCACCAAAAUUCAACAAAAAAAAUCAUGAAAUAAUCAACAUAUCAAUCAAACCUCAACUCAGAUAAAAAAAAACCUUUUAAAAAUACAUCAAAUUCAAUGAAUAUUUAGCAUGGACUUAGUACCGAAAUGAAUAUUGAAUGAAAAAAUUUUGUUUAUUUUUUUGUAUUGCAACUGUUAGUUACUAAUUUUUACAUUAUGACAGUGGAACAUUUUACAAAUACACACAUACUUGUUGAUUUAUUUUUAUUAUUUCCAGUACUUAGACAUGACAAAUCAAUCAUUGUAUUGUAAAAGUGUAUCGUGUAUCAAUCAAAAUGACACUGUUUUCGUGAAGUAAGGAUCGUUGAACAAAGAAGUGUCGUAUUUGUUGAAAAUUGUGCUAGCGUUAUGAAUAAACUUAGUUCAUAUUAAAUGAAAAUGAAAACCUUAACUCUGAAAUCUCUUGUUUUACAAUCAAAAUUUGCCUUAAAAAUAAAACCAUAAAUCUUGUUUCUACUCAAAACUGAACUGCAGAGCCAGAUAGUGGUAACUGCAUACUUGGUUACACUUUAACCAAAUUUUGUAGUAGAACAUUAGGAAAGUUGUCAAAAAAAAAAUAGACACUUGCGUGUAAGUGCAUUUGAGACAAUGUUAUUUAGCCUUUUUUGAUGUACUUUUAUUCCAAGUUUUCUCUUGUUCUGGUUAUUUGUUACGGCUGGAAAAGUUUGCUCUAAGUUUGGUUGCAAUACUUACGAUGUUGCUAACUGCUCAAAGUCAUUUUUGAAGUUAAAAUUGGUUAUAAUUCUUUAGGCCCGUUGGUGCCAAAGUUGUCUGUGUGUGGCGGCAGUAACCUAUACAUAUUCCCUUAUAUGAACACUGGUGGACAUAUAAAUCUGUGUGCCAAAUAAAUCUGUGAUAGCAAAAAGGUUCUGGAAUACAUUUUAUAAACUUCAAUAGUCACACAAAGAAAUAAUAGCAACUUUAAAAAUACGUUAUAAUUUUAGUAUUACCGUAUUAAUAACACAAUAUUUUAUAAUUUAUUCAAAUUAUGUGUUUACUAAAGUGAUAUUUUGCGUGAUUGAUGAUCGUGAGUAUUCGGGAUCCAAACCCGUCCAUUUCUAUAUAAAUUUUUACAUUUUUUCUUAUUCUGGGCCGAGUUCCCCCCUUGUAAUAACACGGAAAUUCAAAAUUCACGUGUGUUCUUCAGGCAAAGCCGCUAGGAUUUCUGCAGUCAGGUGUCGCCAGCGUCGCCAUGUUGAAAGACUUGAGUUUCCUAUGUUGUUCUGCUUCAAUAUUUGCUUUUAACUAUUCUAAAAAAAUAUUAGUCAUCUACGUCUUGGUCGCUAAACACUAUGUGGUCAAGAUAUCUUGAACAGGUAUAGCUCUCGAAGAAAUAUGCUGCGCCCAAGGUUAUAUUUUUCAACUUCUUUGGUCUCGCCCCAGUGAUACGUAUCAUCUUCCCCUUCCGCCCGCUUAUUCCUCGUGUCCACCCGUGCGGACUGCCCUCAGCGUGUUUGGCCUGCCGUGUUAAGAGUGGGCGGAGAAAACAAGUAUCAGAGUAGCUGUGGGAGGUCCUUCUGUAGCUCUGAUGUGGAAAGUAUAUAAAAAGGAUUUGUAUAAUACUCCCUAGGAAGUUCAUAGCAAAAAUUAAAAAAAUAAUAAAUAUAUAUAGGUAUAUUUUUUUCCAAAAGUGUGAUACGCCAUUUUUCACUCUUUCUGUGUAAUAAAAUCUGAACUGUAUAUGUGGCCAUCUAAGGAGUUUCGGUGAUGUAUUGGCAGAACAUACUCUCUUCCUUCGUUUGAAAGAAUGGAUUUUACCUGAUUUUUUUUUUUAAAGAAAAUAUAUUUCUUCUGAAAUUCUAUCUAAGGAAGGGAUCAGUUUAGAAUUAUCUUCUGGAUGUUCUUGAAUCUUCUUGUAAAUCAGUUUAAUUACUGCCGAGUCAGUUCGUCUACUUAUCCGUACUAAAUUUACUGUGGAUGAUAAUUCAUUGAAAAGGGAAUAAAACAGUUUUUUUUCUAUAGAUGAAAUAGCAGUGAGUAAAUAAAAUUAAUUAAAUAAAAUGUAAUGAAUAAAUAUCACUGUGAAUCUGACAGGCUGCCUAGUGUGUGAGGUGUGAAUUCCAAGACCGAAUGAAGGCAUGUAUUGUGGACAUUGCAGUACAUUCAUGUGCGUGUGUGUGUGUCUACGUAUGUACAAAUUGUUGGUAACAUUGUUUACUUUGCUCGGUAAUGUGUAUUGCCAACGGUUUUGUAAUCAACUGGCUGUGUAAACCUGCAACCAGCCAUUGAUGGCUGUUGGUUGAGAAAGUGUUAACGUCAUUGUGGUAAAGACUGCUUCCAGAUGUAGGCUGUACUUAAUCUCUUUGUGCAGAAUGGUGUGUUAGCCCCCUGAACUUUUAUUAACUUUUAUUUUGCACUGUCAACAGUACGUUUGCUGAUUUAUGUAUGUUGCUGAGCUGUUCGUGAAGAACUAACUUAACCUAUGAACAAAACACGUUCUUAUGACAAGUGUGGAAUCACCAAAAUGGCAUUAAUAAUAAACAUGAAAAAUAUUAUUAUUACAGUAAUCGUGUGGUGCUUGGGUAUUGUUCAUCGUUAUCCGUUCAGCAUCGGGUGUCUUGAACCAGCAGUUGUGUAAGGUUGUUCUGGGAUUGUUUAAGAGCUGUGUGAGUUUGAAUCGCCAAACUUCCUGAUGUUGACUGAAUCUGUCAUUCUGCCAGUGCAUAAAUUGCCGACGAUUUUACGCGUAUUCAAUGUAUCUACAUAUACAAACAAAGAAAAUUUUUGUUUGGUGAUGUUCUGUAAUUUUGUUCUUUUAUUAUUUGUUAGCUUGCAAAUCCUCAACAGCGCAUCAGUUGAAUCUGUAUUGCAGAAUUAGUAGCAUGUUUAUGAUUGGACUUGUCAGUGACUUUGAGUGAACCUGCACAGCUCUGGUUUCUAUCUGCACAAUAUUGCAUACUUUAACUCUGUAAUGGUAAGAUGUCCAAAUUGUGAACUGGAAUGUUUGCUCAUGGUAGGUAGGGACGAGAUUAUAUGGUGAAUUGGGAUAAAACUGAAGUAACACCGCAAAGCAUGUCAAAACAACAACACAUAAGACAUAACACCAAAAUGCGAGGUUAUACACCAUUUAGCACUGGAGUGUUGAGUAAAACAUGUAAUUAGUUAAGCAUUAUUUUUGUACCAGAAUGAAUAUGUAACUUAAAUGGAUUGGAAAAAAUUAACAUGUAUUAUAUUGUUUGAUCUUCCAUUUCUUACAUUAGUAACAUGUUUUUACAUAAAUGACAGCACGUGUUUCAGACAUGCAAAAACUUUAAUAUUUAUUUAUAUUUUCAUUACUAAUGAUUUUGCUGUAUAAGUGCACAAGGUGUCAAUCAAAAUGAGACUAAAAUAUUUCUUAAUACUUAUUCCACUAUAAUAGUUUAAUAUUUGUUGAAAAAUACGCUUUUUUUUUUUUUAAAUUUAUAAAUCAAGACAGUAUAUUAAAACAAUAACACUGAGACAUUCUUUUUAAAAAAUGAAAUUGUCCAAUACAUAAAACCAUAAAAUCUUGUCCCAGGUGAUAGGUAAUGUUACACAUUGCCUGGAGAUUUUGUUGUGUUGUCAUUCAGCCAUUGCUUGUUCGAUGGAAAUGUCCUGAAGGCAACUGUGUUCUGCGACGGAGACUUUACUAAAUCACGACAGCGAACACCACACACAACCUACGAGGUCUCUACUUGUGCUGUCUGUAGUUCCAGUAGCUCGGCAGUUAGCAAACAGGAUUCAUAUUUCGUGGCACAGUGGCGUAGCGAGGUCAGGUGGUACCAGGCUGGGAAACUGUUGUCGCCUCGUCCCUUUUCCAUCGGUUGAAAUUACUGAAUUACGUAAAAAUAAGACACCUUUGUUCCAACUGUUAUGUUAUGGUUUAUUGACUUAACAUCGUAACCAUAUUAACACUUAAAAAAUUUUAGCCCCUUAAUUUGUUCUCUGCGAAUUGGGAAAUGACAUCAUCAGAAUAGAUUCCGUUCGCUUCUUGGUUUUCAAUCUACAAGAUGGCUCAUUCAGAGAGCCGGGCUUGACUCAUAAUUACCUAAGAUAACUCGUGAUUAAUUUUAGUUCGAAAAAAAAACUUAUUUUGCAUAGUGCUACUGAAACAUAACGGUAACAAUAAUCGUAAAGCUAAAGUCAGAUUACAGAUUUGGUGCAGAAUCACAAGAUUUAAAUUCAACAACAAACUCUAAUUGUUGAAAGUUAUUUAGUGAACAAGUUUUGAACAAUAUAAUUUGGAAAAAUAUUGUGAGCCCAAUUUUGUUGUUGUUAUUGUUGUUGUUUUGUCGCCCCCUCCAGACGACACCCGGAGCAGGUUGCGCCCUCUGCACCCUCCCUUGUACGCCUGUCGAGUCCUGAGCCAGUCAGAGGCGGGUUUGCGCAUUUUGUGUUGGCGACAUGCGUGUCUCCUGAGAGUAUUCCUUAAGGAAAAAAAAGUUACAGAUAUCGAUGGAUAUGUCCAGCAAGUACUUCAUUGUCAAGUGAAACAGUUAUGCCUAGAUGACAUAUUUUUAAUACUAGAGUUCAUUUAAAGCUACUGCAACAAGUACUUGUAUGGUGCGAGGGUUAUAUUUCAACCAAAUUGGUUGCAUGUGUUUUGUUUCUGUAGGAUUGGUAUUGAUUUGAUUAAGAAAUUAACUUGUUACCAGACUUUAUCAUUCAGUAAGGUUCCUCGAUGUCUUUCUGUGCGAGAGCUUAGCAGCUGCACUGUGAUUCUAAACUGUGUUAUGCGUGAUGCGGCAGUACCUCGUGAGGGACUACUGAGGAAAAGAAUUGUAGGUUAUGUGGCGAUUGCUCAGUACGCGUUGCGAUACAUCAAGUGCAGAGGCACCAUUGUUUGUCUUGUUUCGUUAUUCGUUGUGUUGCGUUAUUCGUUGUGUUGCGUUAAUGAAACAUGGCGUAUGGAAUCUUGGAUGUAAUGAAAUCUCUGGGACUUGACAUGUCCCUCCUCUGAGAUGCUGGUGAAAUGUCAUAACGGUAACUACACAUGUGACAUGGUUAAUGAGUGUCCUCUGCUUAGUUACGAGCGUCAGUCAAACCAAGCUGUGGCUUCAUCAAAGGCUUAGAGAAGAUGGUGUGCAGCAAGUGUCGGUAGUUUUCUACAAAGAUGUUCACAAACAAAAGAAAACUUUUAUUUCAGCGUGACAACAUUUACCAUGUGCAAUGUGCGGUGGGAAACCUUUCAGGAAGCCAUCGUCCAAAGGCAGCCGAGAUGAGACGCACAACCCCACCGAUUGAGAGUCGGUCGCACUACCGCACGAUCGAACGUUCUCGCUCACGAAGGGGGUUUCUCGCGGUGCGCAUGUGCUUUGUGACUAGAUCCGACUAAAGAUUUUUCACACCCAUUAUUUCCAUCGUUGCUCCGUUCUCGUCACCCCACAUUGUCUCGAGUGACCUCAAUGCCGGCGAGAUGUGUCCCAUUCAUUAAUUAUAAUCACUUGGACAUAUCUACUACUUUUAUGAGCUUUGGUAUGAAUUACAUAUUAUUUUAAAACUUCUACAAAGUUGAAAGCAUUUCAUUGGCUCUAUGCAGCUAUCUUGCGGCUACAGAUACUUUAUGCAAGAACUACAGAAACUAAGUGUGCUGUUUAUGUAUCACGACUCGACACUGUUUAACGUCGCACAAUUGUUAAGCGGUGAGCUAUAGGAUAAAAGUGUUUUAUAUUUGUAAAAAUAAUUUAUGGCGGGAUAUUGGACUGUACAUUAGCGUAUGCUUAUAGUACUGGUAUAUUGUAAGCCAACGACUUUUUUUUGUGUUAACUGUGUGUAUUCUGUUGUGCAAGGUUUGCAAGACGGAUAGUUGCGUUAUGGACGCUGACUCGAAUGUGCGGUUUUAGAAAAUGGGACAAUGAUUGAACACUAUUUAUACAACUAGCCAGUGUUGAAUAUUAUAGUAAAUGCGUGUGAGUGUGGCUAGCUGGAUGAAAGAGGUUCUAACAUGCUUGCUUGCCUUCAUUGGAAGAUAAACAAUCAGAAAUCUUUUGCAUAUAUAUAUAUAUAUAUAUAUAUAUAUAUAUAUAUAUAUAUAUAUAUAUACUGUAUAUAUUUUUACUUUCUUAUUAUUUACAUGUUUACUUCAUCGAAUGACUGCAAAGCCAAAUCAAAACAAAUGUGAAGAUCCAUAUUUUGAUAAAUAUUUUACAAACUGGCUUUAGUUAAUAGUAAAUACUAUACUUAUUUAGAAAAAAUUAAUGUUAAAAUAUUUUAAUUUGUUUUCAUCUUAUUACUUGCAUUAUAUAUACUAAUUUCACUUUUUUUAUUCAUGUGCAUACCUGCAUUUGUUUUCACCAUCAGAGACUGUAUUUUUUUGUGUGUGUUUCAAGAUAGCUAUUUUAAGAUAACUUCUUAUUUCCCAAAAAUACUAAUUUAACAACAAACCAUUUUGUGUUUACUGUUUGCCAUUGCAAGGAAAGAAAAUGUUAUCUUCCAUAUUUGUAUGGUUGUGUUUGGACUGUAACACUUACCAUAUUAUGUACUACCGAUAAUUGACUUUGGUUUGGCUUUUUGUUCUGCUUUUCAUGCCCUUCAUAAAAAUCUUAAGUAUAUUAAUAGUUUUAAGAAAUUGUGUUAAGUAAUAGUUAAUAACAGAUUUGCAAUGUAGAACAGUGUCGUGGAUAGCCAAGUUGUCUCGUCGUACAAUUUCAUCAAUCUGCAAGUACGUGUAUGUUAAAAUAUUACACUUCUGGAGCUCACCUUCUGAUGUAGGCAAGCAGAGCUACCAACAUUUUGGCAUGAAUCAACAAUGAACAUUUGUAUAGUGGUAGCUAUGAUUUAUAGAAAAUACAAAGAAAAUGUUGGUACCAUAAACUUGUACUAGAUGUAAAUUCUAUUUGUUAGGUUGCUAGUUAUAAUUGAUUUAUGUUCAACAUCUAUGCAGUUUAAUGAUUUUUAAUGUUGAUUUCAUAUUGGUCUUCUUUUGUAUCUGUCCAUUGCUGUGUUCAUGUGAUGUAACAAGGUACGUGUCUUAACGUAGCACUCAAGAUGUUUCCUGGUGUGAUCUGAUUUUGUUUGUGAAAGCGGUUGCUCGGAGCCAAAGAAUUGUUUUUGAUGUUUAUGAAGUGAUGGAGUUGACGUGGGAUGUGAUAGUGUACAAACCGCUGAUUACCUUUGUUUUGUGUAAGAUUAUUGAACUUGCGGUGCGCAGGAAAUGUCUCUUUUAUUUUAUUUUUUGAUUGGCCUGAUAAUGUGUGUACUUGGUUUUAAGUUAUCUACGUAAAGAUCAUUGUUGAAUAUGGCUAUGACUCUACUAAAAGAAAGUAUUGCAAGUCUUGCACACACUGGUGUUUGUCGAACUUAAUCAUCUGAGUGUAACAUGGGUCAUCAUCAGAUUAAGGAAAUUGUUUAGUGUUUGAAUAUAUUAUGAAUUUUUAAAUAAUACCAAACAAAAACUUAUGCCUACUGGUUUAGUUGGUGUUUGUAUUCUCCUUAAAUGGAAAAUAAGAACUGUUUAUGUUUUUAGCACUAUGACAAGAAUUAGCAAGGACUUAAAUUUGCUGGCUUGGGCAAAUAUCACUUCAAUGCGUGGGGGUACUGGCAUUUUCCUGUUAAUUUAUUCAAAUAGUUCUCUUUCAAUUUGUUAUUUUCAUCACAUAUUAGCUGAUAGUUAUUUUUGAGCAAUGAAAAGUUUCAUGAGUGAUGGUAAUUAUUAACUUAUGGGCUGUUGCUAGACAAUUUUCUAGUGCCCCUUCUACUGGGUGUGGAAUACUUCAUAAAUAGAGUUAAAGGUAUAGUUUAACUUAAAUGUCAUGGUUAUCACAGUCUUAAGCACACUACUCAUGUAACUAGUAAACUGAGACCGCGCGUUGGUCCGUUGUUGGUGAAUAUGUACAUGAUAACCCCAUAACUAUUAUUUACAAUGUAAACAACAACCUAACAACCAAAUAAUACGAAAUUAGAUAAUUGUGCAAUUUUUUGAAAAGUUGAUGCAACAAAUACUUUCUUAGAAGUAGUUUGUAUAAUUCAGUUACAUUUAAUUGCUUGUUAUAAUAUUAUUUAGUUGACUUUUGAGGCAUGCACUAUCAGCUCUCUAUGGACACAAUAUUUUUUUGUUCCAUAUCAAAAAUUAAAUUUUAGUGUGCUUAUAUUCGCUCAUUUUCUUUACUUAACUUUGAGGCAUUCAGUAGCGUGAUCUUCGUGGAAACUACUCUCUUUGGAUUCCAAGCUAGAAAUCAGUCCAUGUGAUUUAUACAGCUAAAUGUGUUUAUUAAAUACAUCAAAAUCUCCAAUGUUUUUGCUCGUACUUAAAACUUCCAAUGGCCAUACCUGCCUACCUAUCAAAUUUAUGAAAAUCCAAUCAACUGUUCAAAAGUUACUUAUGUACAGACAUACGUACAAAACCUCUAUAGAUUGUAGGACUUCACUUUGCUCUGUCAAAAAAUCAUUAUACGUACUUGUUUUACAGUUUCACAGACUUAGUCUACGUAUUUGCAUUAAAAUUCACUAAUAAAAAACUAGUAUUAAAAUUAUUAUCUUGAAGCCAUUUCAAAACCAUUUUUCUAUGGAACUGUAAAUUAAAAUACAUUUGUUCUUUCUUCCUAAUAUUAUAAGGAACAAAUGGGCUUAAUUUUUUGCCAUAGUAAUUUGCUGAAAAAAAAUUCUAUUCAUAAUUUUUAAAUUGAAAUGAAUUUAAAAUUUGUUUUUAAUUGAUGAUUUUGUUAACUUUACUUUGAUAUCUUAGUUGAGUUCAUUGUAUUAAUUACAAUACAAUUGUGAAUUGUAUGUUAACAUUUGAGAAAAAAACUACAUAUCUAUAGACAUCUAAAUAUACACUUAUAUUAAAAUUAAAAUGGUGGAAACAAAUAGUGUUCCAGGAGUAGUCUUGCGAUUAAGUCAAUGAAAACCACCACAAAUCAUAUGACAAGAUUUCAAAAUUUCAUUUUUGCAAAAUUUCGAACAUCAAGGUGGACUCUUAUUUUGCCUAAAGUUUGGAAUUAAUUAUAAUCAUACCAAAUUUACUGAAACUAUUUUUUUUUUUUUUUUUUUUUUUGCACUUCUGGGUCUAUAUAGUCUGUGGCACAUUUAUUUGUCUUUUUACUGCUGUUAGGCAAAAUUUAUAAAAUAGAAAAGUAAAAUUGAAGAGGAAACAAUAUUCAAGAGAAUCAUCAUAAUUUUAAGGAAAAGCCCUCCUAUUGUAUUGACAAAACCGAAUGAGGUAACCAACAUGCGGCGAGAGUGAAGCAGUGUGAAGUGUUGUAGGUAGUGUGCAUGCUAUGGUAGGGUGCUGAACGAUGAGUUGGCAAGUCCCGCCAGUUGCAUCAGCACAGUUGCCAAGCACCAGUGUGUCUAUGGCUUUCAAUCAUUGUUAAUAGUGUAAAUUCAGAAGAUUAAAAUUGUAAUUUAAGAGAAUCAAAUUGUGUUGAGUAUUUCACAAUGCUGUACACAUUUAUAUACUAUAAAUAAUUUAACAAAUAUAUGUUUGCAAGCAUG